AUGGCACAAGAACUGGCCCCUCGUCUCCUCCUCACGCAAAUCGUACGCACCAUUUUAAUCUUCUUUGGCGUGGCCUCGCUCAUCGAUGCACACGCCUACAUUGGACCGCGCUUCGGCGACGGGCACCACGGCCAAGUAACGGCGUCGUUUGCCGCGUCCUGGGCCGCCGUGGGCUGGAACGUGGUCGCCGUGGCCGCCGCCGCCGUCCACCCAUAUCUGCAGCGCUUUGCCGACGGUCUGCCGUUUCCCGUCUCCGUCACGGUGCGCGGCCGCCCCAUCUUGUCUUACGGCGAGUCCGGCGACGGCGGCGACGGCGUCAUGGCCCCGUUGGCUGGGAAGCUCGUCUUUGCUGGCCUCGACGCCGUGCUCGCUACCCUCCUCGUCGUGUUCCAGGCCCUCGCCCGCGGCCUGUCGGUCGAGUGCGGGUCCCCGUACGAGUGUUUCCAGGGCCGCGAGGUCUAUAUCCACGCCUGGAUCGUGAACAUCUGGUUGACUCUGGCCAUUUUCGAGUACGUCCUUGCCGCGGUGCAGGGGUUCGAGGCCUUGGGUAUUUGGUAUCACCGUCGGUACUUGAAGAAGAGGGGUCAAAUCAGCUUGGCAUAA